AUGCUUCGUUCCUGUGCUCGAAACCUGUUUCGCCUAGCAGUGAGACAGUAUUCCGCUCCAGCCGCUGCGACCACAAGUAAACUGUCCCCAGAAGAAAUUUUCAAGCGCGAAGACACGUACGGCGCUCAUAACUACCAUCCCUUGCCAGCAGCCUUGUCAAAGGGAGAGGGCGUAUUCGUUUGGGAUGUCACUGGCAAAAGAUAUUUCGAUUUUCUCGCUGCUUACUCGGCCGUAAAUCAAGGUCAUUGCCAUCCUAGAAUAGUGAAGACACUGCAAGAACAAGCUGAAGUUCUAACGCUUACAUCCAGAGCAUUUUACAACAACGUUCUGGGCGAAUUUGAAGAGUUUGCGACUAAGCUUUUUGGCUACGACAAGCUCUUGCCGAUGAACACUGGUGUUGAAGGUGGCGAAAGCGCGUGUAAACUUGCAAGGAAAUGGGGAUAUCAAGUCAAGGGAAUACCAAAGAACGAAGCCAAGAUUGUUUUUGUUGAAGAGAACUUCUGGGGGCGGACUCUUGCCGCAGUAUCGUCAUCUUCUGAUCCUGACUGCUAUGGAGAAUACGGCCCAUUUAUGCCUGGUUUUGAACUUAUUCCUUACAACGACCUUGCUGCUUUGGAGGUAAGCUAUUUUAGACGUACCUGCUUCGUUUAACGCAGACAAUCGUGUAAAUUGAUGCCACGUGCAAAAACCACACCGUGAAUCACAACACCGUACGUGAUGAUCUGAGAUUCUUAUACAAUGUGCUCUCUUGUGCGAGACCCAUGUUUGGUUGUUGCGGGUAACUGAUAAUUCGACGAACGAAUUUCAUUUUACAUUUCGAACAACUCAUCAGUUUCUAUAUUAUUAGCCUUGAAAGCAAUUUGUUAUUCAUAAAACGUGAUUCUUUGUUGGUAAACAGUAUGUAAAAUAUGGAAGGGCAAGAUUUCCUUUUCAUGAGCUUACAUUUAUUAUGCAUGGAGCAAUAUCAUACCAUUUCUCACAAAUAUAUAGUUAAUAUAAAUAGCGUAAUAAAUGUGUGGGGUUGUAUAGAAAUCUUACCCUUCAACAAUUAGUUGAUGCGUCAGCGUGCGUAUGUCGAGAUAUUGAGCACGCGGUAAGUUUGGAGAGCACGAAAGAGGCCUAAGAGUUGCGCCUCGUGCAACUCUAGCCUCUUGAGUGCUCUCCAAACUUCCCAAAUGCUCAAUAUCUCGACAUACGCACAGCUGCAGCAUGAGCUAAUUAUUUUAUAA